AUGUCCAUUCUAAGUCUUCCUCGCGAACUCCGAGACAUCAUCGUCGACAUUGUCUUAACGUCUACAGUUUCCAUGCCCACCAAACCAGCGGCCACGGAAAAACGAGAUGGACCUACAUCCGGAGCCGAAGAGCACAGGGAAGCCAAGGAAGAAUACACUACCACUAGCCUUCCUCUCCUCCUCGUUAAUCGACAGUUUUACGCUGAGACGAAAGAUGCUAUUGGCAAAUUCUUGGAGGAAGACGAACUGCAGAAUCGGCCUAUAUGGGGAACAAGGAGGAAACGGCGAGAGCUAACCUACAAGUUCGAUAUAAUGCUUGUUAAUGAUACCUACGUGUGGCCGAGCCGAGUUUGCGUUCCAUUUCUGGCUCGACGAGUUGAUAACGUGGACGUGACUAUCCAGGCUUUUGGUACUGCCCCAGUUACAAGGGAAACCCUUUCAGGUGUGAAUGCGUUCAAAAGUGAUAUGGGUGCAACAGAGGUUCAAUGGUCCUUCUACCGCCUGUUAGUAUAUCUUCUCAGACAUGGCCCUCGAAGGGAAAUGUGGACUCAAAGAAGACCGCUUCAAAACAAAAGCAUCAAAGGAGGAUUACGGCCAACCAGUCCAAAUAACAACACGGCCAUUGGUGUCCUAACGAUAGACUUUCAGAAAUCUACAGAUAACAUCGCAACCGAUGAUAUAUUUGACAACUGGACCGAAUCCGAGGAGUACUAUUCAUUUGCAGAAUGGAAAUCAUGCCGAGGCAACCCAUUUCAAGAGAAAGGCUGGGAAGACGUUCACCGCAUAGUCGUUCGUCCCCAGUGGCUGAAGCGCUAUUUAGUCUCGCGCCUCAUGUACAUGUUGAGUAUGAACUACCAUGCCGCCGAAUAUAGCUCUAUCCUAUACGAAACGAUUGGGAGCAUAAAGAUUUUGCUUGAUGGGGUUUUUCAAACGGAGGUACAUCUUGCUGAGAAACUGGCAGCCUUGAGGUAUGAUAAUGCAACGGAUACAUUUGGACACUUACAGAGAGAGGACCGGUUGGAUGCAUUUUGGAAGUGGAAAAGGGAAGCUCUGAGGCUGCGAAGGGAACGGGGCUUGCCUGUUAUUUAUCCAACGGACCCUGAGCUCGAGGAUAUUCCACCCACUGUUUGA